CGCGGGAACAGCAUAGGGUGGGCGGAGCCGCUGGAGCUUUGAGUUGUGUAGUCUCCACAGCAGUGUUUCCCAACCGAGGUGCCUCCAGCUGUUGCCUUUGGCUGUCCGGGCAUGCUGGGAGUUGUAGUUUUGGAACAGCUGGAGGCACCCUAGUUGGGAAACAGCUCUACAGAUGCAAUAUAGGCUCUGCGUAAUCCCCUGUGCAGCGCUGAUAUUCCCUCCAGAGCAUGUACAUGACAGGACGUGUUAUUUACACAGGAGGGGCUGACCUGAAUGAGGCGAACAGGUAUACUCCGAUAGUGCCGUGCCCUCAUCCAACAUGGCAGCCUAGUGCCCGCUAUCCCAGUGGUGUCAGGUGCCCGGAUACGGAAGGAUAGGCGUUCUGCCCAGUCCUCGUGUAUCCUCAAGCAUAGAGCCGCACUAGAAGCUGCCAGGAAAGAAAGCAGCAUUUUGUGCACUGAGAAAGCCUGACGAUAAAAUGCCAACCUGCCAGACAGUGACUUAUGAGUUUCAUCAUUCCUCCCUGGACAAUAUACUUAACACAUCAGCAGUCCCCAAGAUGUAUUUUGAAGUUCCAUUAGUAGAGCAGAGUGACAGUGUCUCAGAAAAUCUGCAUAGAUUUCAUGUAGAUCAUUCCAGCAACAAAUCCCAAACCUCUGACAAAUCCCUCGUGUUCACUUCAAUUGCGCAAACAAUAGAACAACUGGGUCUGGCUGAAGAAUCCCUUAUAUCCAUCAUUGUCCCAGAAGACAUUUCAAAAAAUCAAACUCUUUUGACAAGUCAGCCUGUUGAACAGGAUCAUCUAUUCACUGAAGGGGAAAAUGUUGAUGGCAAACACAUUUCUUCCGAUGAAUCAGACAGAAGUGAUGAGACUUUAGAAAUGGAGCAUUCUUACUGCAGGAUUGACUUUGACAGGAUCCGUCUCUGUGAAACUAUUGCUAAACUCCAGUCCAAAGUAGCUCUGCUAGAAGUGCAGGAAAAUGUUACGCUCGCCCGUCUGAGAUGUUUGGAAAUGCUCAUCGGACAGUUAAAGCAAGAAAAUUUGUUAUCGGAUGAAAAGUUAAAAAUCAUUGAUAAUUGUCAGAAAAGUUUUGAUUUUGCAGUUGUAUAAUAAAUGUAUUUGAUAAGAGCAAAGAAUGUCCAGCGCGGAUGUCAAGCAAUACGAAAAUGUAUUCAGCCAUAACACCAAACGAUGACAGGUGACGCGUUUCGGCCGCAAUCAACGGCCUUAUGUAUUUGAAGAGCAUCAUUGCUUACUUUUUUAUUUUACAGUCAUACAAUCAGUCUUGAGACAGUUUUAAAACUAUACUCAAAUAUGUGUAUAUCCCUUCUAAAUAUGGAAUAUAGAAUUGUAGUCAUUGUAGGUAUAAAAUAUAUUACACAGACCA